CCCACCACCCCCCGUCCUCUCAAUAUUUAUUUCCAACCCCUCCAUGAAAGAAGAAACUAAGAAACCCUAGCUACCCAAAGAAAAAAAAAUCCAAACCUUUUCCUUUCCUUCUACAAAUUAUAAAGAUCUAUACCAAAAAUGGAUUCAAUACUCUCUGAAUUUGAAUCCCUAAACAACAACAACAACCAACCAUUCGGAGUCGUAGUUACAAACAACACACUUCAAAACCUAGUGGUUGGUUCAUCGUCUUCAUCUUCAUCUUCCUCGUCAUCCAGUCGUUACGAGAAUCAAAAGCGUAGGGAUUGGAACACAUUUUGUCAAUACCUUAAAAAUCAUAGACCCCCACUUGCUCUAUCAAGGUGUAGUGGAGCUCACGUUCUUGAAUUCCUAAGAUAUUUAGAUCAAUUUGGUAAAACAAAAGUUCAUACACCAAUUUGUCCAUUUUAUGGUCAUCCUAACCCACCUGCCCCUUGCCCUUGUCCUUUAAGACAAGCUUGGGGCAGCCUUGAUGCUCUUAUUGGGAGACUAAGGGCAGCUUUUGAAGAGAAUGGCGGGAUGCCCGAAGCUAACCCUUUUGGUGCCCGAGCUGUACGGCUUUAUCUACGAGAGGUUCGUGAUUUGCAAUCUAAAGCAAGAGGAAUUAGUUAUGAGAAGAAGAAAAGAAAGCGUCCUCAGCAACAACAAAUUGCUCAAUCAAGUCCAAAAGCCAAAAAAGAUUAUUAGACCAAAAAGAGAUCCAUCCAUUGGCCUAAUGGUUGAUUUGAAGCAAGAAGGGAUCAUGAAUUUAUGGGUAAACAACAAAGUUUGGUGUUUUAUUUAAUUUAUCAUCUCCAUUAUUUGAUUGAACUUUUUCUACUGCUGAUUCAAUUUUUAUGGGCCUAGUUAAUUUGCAAUUGAAUUUCUCCAAAUUCAUAUCUUUCUCAUUAAUAAUAUGAUCACCAAAUUGUGUUAUGGUUUGAGUUAA